AUGUCACAGCCAGAUUUUAAUUCAUCUUCUAUUACAGAAAAUGCACCAUCAACACCAAACGGAAAAACAACUAUUGUGGCGCCUAUUGUGAGUGAUGGAGAGCACGUCGAGCUUUCGGAAAUGAUGCCAUUCGGCCCAGAUAUGAGUCCAGACAAAGACAUUAUGCAACUUGCGAGGCUUGGUGAUAUACACGGCAUUGAGAAGCUUUUUCAAAGCGGAACAUUUGAUCCAACGUACUGUGAUGCAGAAGGAAUCUCCCCUCUUCAUUGGGCUGCCAUCAACAAUCAAUACGCCAUGUGUCAAUUUCUACUAAAUUCGGGAGCCGACGUCAACAAGAAAGGAGGAGAGUCUGUAGCCACACCAGCGAUGUGGGCUGCUCAGAGAUGUCAUUAUUACACUGUUAACCUACUAUUGCAGCACGGUGCAGAUCCACUUAUCACAGAUAUACAGGGCUACAAUAUACUUCAUCUAGCGACUUUUGAAGGUAACAUUUAUCUGCUAGUUCUGUUACUGCAUCAAAAUAUCGAAGUUGAUGUUACAGACCUUCAAGGGCACACGUGCCUCAUGUGGGCAGCAUACAAAGGCUUCCCCUCUUGUGUGGACUUAUUCUUACGGUGGGGUGCGAACGUUCACGCUUCGGAUGAGUCUGGAUUCACUGCUUUACACUGGGCUCUAGUAAAAGGAUCCCUUUUCUGCAUUCAAAAAUUAAUAGAAUAUGGCGCAGACCGUUUUGUCAAGACUUCAACUGGAAAGACGCCUGCAAUCACUGCUGAAGAAAUGAAGACUGUGUCAACAUGGCACAAGGCCCUAAAAGAGAGUGGAUAUAACGAGAAUGGAAAUGCCAAAAAUCUAAAAUUUCCCUUUUCCAAUAUGCUCCUGAAUGACAAGCGUGUAUUCAUGAAUAGGUUCUAUUUUUUGUUUCCUUUCUUCAUUAUUUGGGCCAUGAUUAUGAUCCUUAGCCAUAUGGUAGUAUUUGCAGGUAUACCGUUGGCCCUCUGUGCAGGGUUCUGUCUUCAAUGGUCUGCCCAACAGUUGAUGGACUAUGCUCCCUCGGAUAUGAAACAUAUGCAUAAGACUCCUUGGCUAGCAGGUGUAUUUUCUGGAUCAUUCUUCUGGAUUGGACUAAAUUGGAUAGCAACUAUCCUUCCCGCCACUUUUUCGACCCAUGCAAUCACUAAUCUCUCCUUUGGUGUGCUCUAUUCCUUUUGUGCAUACUUCUACACUUGUACUAUGACUCAUGAUCCGGGUUAUGUACCAAAGCUUAGUGGCCUUACUCAGCAGAAGGCAGUAAUCGAUGAACUUCUCAGUUUGUGGAAGUUUGACGAAAAUAAUUUUUGUGUUCCCUGUAUGGUCAGACGACCUUUAAGAAGCAAGCACUGCAAGCAAUGUCGUCGAUGUGUUGCAAAACACGAUCAUCAUUGUCCUUGGGUAUUUAAUUGUAUUGGAGUGAAUAACCAUCGACAAUUUUUAUUAUAUCUUCUAUGUCUAGAAUUUGGAAUUAUAUUAUUUGUUAAAAUUGUUAUUGGGUAUUUCGAGAACAAAGUAACUAGUGGUGCAAGCGGAGAAUGUAAUCUCUUAUCAUCGGCUCUGUGUCAACUCAUAAAUGUAGAUUCCUACACAUUAAUUUUAGCAGCUUGGGGCACGUUACAAUUGACUUGGGUCACAAUGUUAAUGUUUGUCCAACUUGUGCAAAUUUCUAGAGCUCUGACAACUUGGGAAAAUAUGCGUAGCUCACAUAGACUCCACUCCGGAAAAGCUUCGGAAGCAAUAAAAUCAGUACUGUCAGGCAACUCAACGAUAGAUACCGAGGCGAGGCAUAUGAGAAAGGGGAAUCACCACACACAUAAAAAAGGUUGUUUUUCAGCUUGGAAGAGGAUGCUUGGAGUCGAUAAUUUCAUGGAGACCGCCUUAGGCAAAAAAGAAUCCCAACAGAAUCGUAAUCCAUUCUCAGCAGGUUGUCUUACUAACUGCCGGGAUUUUUGGUGUGAUUCAGCACCGAUACUUGGGGAGAGAGAAAAUGGAUCAGCUCUACUCCAAGGACACCAUGUGGAUUAUACUAAUAUAUACGAAGCACCACACGUGAUGAACUUACGAGGCCAUCAUGGAGAGACAAUAGCAUACGAGAGCCUAGCAUUAGAUGAUGGCAGUGAAAUAUAG